AUGUGUCCUUUCCUCCGAAACGUGUCGCUCUCCUCGUCCUCCGCGCCGCACUCAUCUCCCCUCUCCCACUCGCUCGGGGACCUCUGUCCCGCUUCCGCUGCUCUUCCGGGAAAGAAGCCCAUCUUCGAGGAAACUUCUUCCUCCUUCGAUGUCGCUUUCAGGCUCUUUCACGGCGAAACGGGUGUUGUCCCGCUCGCGAAGACUUGCGACCGCGACUCCGUUAAGUCAGGCGAAAGUUACGACGGUCAGCUCAGCCAGUCGCUUUCCGUCGUUCCCACGCUCCAUGCUACCGGGAUUACCGCUGAGAAGACAUCGCAGAGCAUUUCAACCGCGAAGGUCACCACUCAGGCCUUAUCCCUGAUGGGUUAUGAGACAGCAGGAGAGCAGGAUCAGGAGGUUUGUCCGUACGCUGCAGCGUUCGCAGGCGGUCUGGGUGCGUCAGCGGCCACGAUCAGCCUGUCGGUGUUCGGCCCAUCCGGACCGUUCAGUUAUGAUUCUUUCCGAUCGCGCGGGGAGAGCAGCAAGGAGCAGCAGAGAAGGAAGGAGCAAGAGGAGAAGAGGCGUCGCGAGGAGGAAGCUUCGAAGGAAAGAGAGUCUGUACACGAAGCCGAAGGCGAAGAAUGGCUCAAGUCGGGUAACUGCCCGAUCGCGAAGUCCUACCGAGCAUUUUCGCGAGUGGUGCCGCUCAUCGCAGCGGCGAUCAAGCCCGCGUCCGGAUUCCAAUACCGCUGCCCGGCUCCCAUCAUCGCCAUGCGCGCAGCCGUCGCGAAAACCUCCGCUAUGAAAGCCCUCCGGCCUCAGGCGCUCCCUAUAAGAACACUCGCUAUAGGCACGAUCGGCAUGAUGCUGAACAUCCCGCUGGGUGUUUGGCGAGAGCAUUGCGAAAAGUUUUCGCCACAGUGGAUCAUCGCCGUACAUGCGUCUGUCCCGCUGGUCGCCGUGCUGCGAAAGGCUGCGCUCAUGCCGAAAUACGCCAUGGCCUUCACUAUAGCGGCCUCCGUUAUUGGCCAGGCGAUCGGAGCGAGGGUGGAGCGGAGACGUCUGAAGAAGAUCAAGGAAGGUUCAGAGAAUGCUGAGGUGGCAGAUACUAUCUCAGGUGACAGCAUUGCAACUACCAGCAGCAGCAUCACCAACAGCUGCAGCAGUUUCAAGUCUGCUGCCAUUCCAAGGCUCCCCCAGCGCACUGUUAUGCUGUCUAAGACACACAGCGAGUCCCGGGCUGUUCGUGUAGGGGCGGCUGCUGCAGGGACAGGUACUUGCAAGGCCGCUGCUGGUAAGGAGGGCGUGGGUGCGCUCGUAAGCACCAUGGCUGUUGGCGCUGGUGGUGGAUCGAGUGCUGGCAGCCCAUUGAAGGUUGCUGCUGCUGCUGCGCACUGA